AUGCAUAGCCGGGACGAUCUGUUUACGGAAGGAGAGCUGAAACCCGAAAUCAAUGAUGUGUACCUGUCCAUUCCAAGAGAAAUGAGCUUGAUUUUUGACUACAUCAAUACUCUCGUAUUCGAGGACAUGGUCGACUUUGAUUAUUUAUUGGACAUACUUGGCCGUAUUGUUGAAGUAAACCACUGGAAGGUCGACGAGAAAAUGGAUUGGAUUCCAGUGUUCGUCAGCAAAAAUCUGUUUAUGGAAAAUGUGUAA